UGUCAGGUUAAAACUUCAGGGCUGUAAAUGUUUUAUGACUGAAAAACGCGCCAGUAUACUAAACAGCACCAUGGAGUCGCCUGUGAAGGAUUCCUCCGUCAGACCGGGUUUUCAGAGAGUGGAGAUCCAGAAAACGACAUGGGACGUCCCGGAGAGAUACACGGCGCUGCGGUCGGUCGGCUCCGGUGCUUACGGGACAGUUUGCUCCGCCAUGGACCAGAAGACCAAGGAGAAGGUGGCCAUCAAGAAGUUGUAUCGGCCCUUCCAGUCCCUCAUUCACGCCAAACGGGCCUACAGGGAACUCAGGCUGCUUCGCCACAUACAGCAUGAAAAUGUGAUUUGCCUCCUUGACGUCUUCACACCUGAUUCCUCGCCGGAAAAAUUCCAAACCUUUUAUAUGGUAAUGCCGUUCGUAGCCCAGGAUCUGGGCCACAUUAUGAAAAAGCGGAGAUUAACUGAUCGCAUCAUCACAUACCUGUUCUACCAGCUUCUAAGAGGACUCAAGUAUAUUCAUUCUGCAGGGAUCAUUCAUCGGGAUCUGAAGCCUGGUAACCUUGCUGUGAACGAGAACUGUGAAUUAAAGAUCCUGGACUUUGGCUUGGCAAGACAGACAGAGAGUGAAAUGACUGGUUAUGUUGUGACACGCUGGUACAGAGCACCAGAGGUCAUAUUCAACUGGAUGCACUACAGUCAGACAGUGGACGUUUGGUCAGCCGCCUGUAUCCUGGCUGAGAUGAUUACUGGCAAGGUUCUUUUCCCUGGACAUGACAGUAUUGAUCAGCUGAAGAAGAUCCUUCGUCUGACAGGAACACCAGACUCCUCCCUGGUUCAGAAGAUGCAGAGUAAAGAUGCGCAAUCAUAUGUUCAAGGUCUACCUCCGCAAAAGAAGAAAAACUUCAAAGAAGUCUUUCCGUCCAUGGACGAAAAGGCUGUGGACCUGCUGGAGGGAAUGUUGCUGCUUGAUCCAGAGACAAGGCUGACAGCUAAGCAGGGACUAUCCCAGCCCUUCCUGGCUGAGUAUCAUGAGCCAGAGAGCGAGCCAGACUCUGAGCCUUAUGACGACUCCUUCGAGAGCAUGGAGCUCGCUGUUGGGGAGUGGAAGAGUCUCAUCCACAUGGAGAUCAUGACCUUUGACCCUGACAACCCCAGUCAGACAGCCAUGUAGGACAUGGUGACAUGCUGGCACCUCCCAGUGUUUGGUUUCAAUACAUACGCAUACUGUAAAUGUCAACAACAAUGUCAGGUUAAGUAAAACAAAUACAAAACAAAAGUAAAAACAUAUUUGGGCCUGAAAGACUUUCAUAUUUGAUUUUUUGGUGCAUUUGAUAUAUAUUGUAAUUCAGAUGCAUGGUAACACUUUACUUUAAGUGCCCCUAUUUAGCAUUUAUAAUCAGUAUAAAAACAGUUAAUAAAUGCAGUAUAGUAUAUAAUAUAAUGUAGUUGUAAGCAGAUAUAAGUAUUUGUGAACAACUUGAACUCCUCCUGUGGACACACAUAAGCUGAGGCUGGUAUAUAAACAUAAGGAAUGACAAAACACAAUAAUAUAAAAUAUGUCUUCAUAAGAGAAGUUAUAAUUGCAAAAUACAACAAAUAAAAUUACCAUAUAUCUGCUUAGAACUACAUUAUGGUGUGUUAUAAAUAAUUUAUUAAAUGUUCAUAUACUGCUUAUAAGUGGGACUUAAAGUUUUACCAAGUGUAUUUUAAUGAAGGGAGGUUUUACUUGGUAUGGUGACCUGUACAGGACAAAUGUCUAAGAAGUUAAUGCUAGAAAUAAGCUGUUUCUUCUGAAAUAUUUAGACUCUUGCAUUGUUAAAUGCUGUCAUCUCUUUUCAAAAAGUACAAAAUAUUUCAACAAAAAUAAUCUUAACUCGAGGUUCAGUAAGUAGGUGGAUGUUGAGUCUUUCAAAGGUCAACAAUUAACUUUUACGCUCUACAAAAUAUUUGUUUUAUUGACAACUAAAAAGCAGCUGUAAAGGAAUGUGUGGAUGUCACUUUGGAGAACAGACUCAUGAACUGUGUGUGUGUGUGUGUGUGAGAGAGAGAGAGAGAGAGAGAGAGAGAGUGAGUGUACGUUGCUUUCCCUACUUGUCAAGAGAUCGCUGUGGGGUCACCUUAACAGCUGGUGUAAAAUGUUGACGUUACAUAAUAUAUUAUACCCUGGCUCAUGAUGAAAAAAAAGCUUAGAUAGCUACAUUUAUCUUACUUAGGACUACAUGGACAGUAAGUGUAUAUAUAUUUUUUCCUAUGUUUUGUGUUAUAUGAUAUUCACAAUAUGUAAAGGGUAUGUAGUGUGGUAAUUUGUUUUUGAUCAUUUUAUCCUGAUUGUUGGAACCCAGUCUCAAUAAAAUGUUUUUAAAUAAACUUUUUUUUAUGA